CGGCGGUGGCGGCGCGGCGCGGAUGGCGGACUCGCGACCGUUCUGCGUGGCCGAGGAGCGCAGCGGCCACUGCGCCGUGGUGGACGGAAACUGCCUCUACGUGUGGGGGGGCUACGUGGUGUAACGUGGCUGAGUCACCCACUGAAAUAAAGUACAUGCCGUCUGUGUGACAUGAUCCUCGGAUGCGAUCUAUUGAAGACAAUGAAGUAUAUUUGCCUAAUGAUGAAAUUUGGACCUAUGAUAUUGAUAGUGGGUUGUGGACAAUGCACCUCAUGGAAGGAGAGCUCCCCACCUCCAUGUCAGGAAGUUGUGGAGCUUGCGUUCAUGGAAAGCUGUACAUUUUUGGAGGAUAUGAUGACAAAGGAUACAGCAAUCGAGUAAUAUUUUCUUUCAAUUCAGGAGUGCAGCAAAAUGUAAUAUUCAAUGUAUCACUUCAUCUCCUUUAUUUUGUUAAUUUGCGAACAAGAGAUGGAACCUAUGUUUGGAAAAAAAUCACCAGCUUUGAAGGACAACCACCCACACCACGUGAUAAACUUUCUUGCUGGGUAUACAAAGACAGGUUAAUAUAUUUUGGUGGCUAUGGGUGUAGGAGACACAGUGAACUCCAGGACUGUUUUGAUGUUCAUGAUGCGUCUUGGGAAGAGCAGAUGUUCUGGGGAUGGCAUAAUGAUGUUCAUGUAUUUGACACAAAGACACAGAGUUGGUUUCAACCAGAAAUUCAAGGUGGAGCUCCCCCACAGCCACGAGCCGCCCACACGUGUGCAGUUCUCGGAAAUAAGGGCUACGUCUUUGGUGGACGUGUUUUGCAAACUAGGAUGAAUGAUUUGCACUAUCUCAACUUAGACACCUGGACUUGGUCUGGAAGGAUUCCUGUUACUGGAGAAAAUCCCAAACACCGCUCAUGGCAUACUUUAACGCCAAUAGCUGAUGAUAAGCUCUUCCUAUUUGGUGGACUAAGUGCAGACAAUAUUCCAUUAAGUGAUGGUUGGAUUCAUAAUGUCAUAACAAAUUGUUGGAAACAACUCACGCAUUUACCUAAAACAAGACCCAGGUUAUGGCACACAGCCUGUCUGGGAAAAGAAAAUGAAAUAAUGGUAUUUGGUGGGAGCAAAGAUGAUUUGCUUUCCUUGGAUACAGGUCACUGUAAUGAUUUAUUGAUCUUUCAAACACAGCCUUAUUCAUUACUCAGGUCAUGCCUUGACUGCAUUGGUAAAAAUGCCAUAAUUUUAGAAAGUCAGAUAUCUUUAUUACCUCCUAAACUUCUGCAACAAGUACUCAAAAAAAUAACGUUUUGGACUGCAGUUAAUCACCGAGAAGAACAAAGAGCCCAAAAAGAAGAAAGCGAAAAUAAGUAUCAAUGGAUCAGUAGCAAUUAAGUUGUUAUAUACUGCAUAUAUUCAGUAUGUUUAACCAUUUUACUCAGACUGUAUAUUUACCCCCGAAAUUGUUUGCCUUGUUUAGAAGAUAAAAUUUGAAACAAAAAUGCUACGUUAAAGUGAUUAUAUGGUGUAGGAUAUAUGGGAAUAAGAUGUUAAUGGAAGAUUAAUUUAUAUUUAUCUUUGUAAACUAAUUUCCUUAUAAGCUACAGAAAAAAAUAUACUUUCUGAAAGUAAGUACAAUUGUAAGAGAUUUUCACUCACUUUGUACUCUUUACUGGAAAUAUUACACAAAUUUGAGGAGGAUAAGAAAUUACCCAAGGACUUCAGAAAUCCCCCAACAUAUUGAUAGAUAGAUGGAUAAAAACACCUGAUAUCAGCUUACAGAAAGGAAAGACUUUCUCAAGUCACUUUAAAAUUAUCUAAAGCUUCUCAUUAAAUAACUCAGUUAUUUAAGUAACUUCUCCUUAAAUAGCUAAUGCAGCCAAAACGCUAACAAUGGCAAACCCUGGGAUGGCAUUAAACAUUGAAGCCCUGCCUUUCUGGCCUCACCUGGUAAAGUGUUUUUACGCAUUGUCCUAACUGUUGCUCACCUUCAUUUGAGUAGGGGAAUGAAUGUCUUCAAUUGUCUUUUUGUUACCCCUAAAUUAUUAGUUUGUCCAAUUAUAUAAAUAUAUAUAUGUAAAGACCAUAUUUUAAAAUGUCUAAAGUGGAGGUUUAUUUCAUACAGGCUUUGAAAUACUUUGAAAUAUUGAGAAGCAGUAUGUUUAUUACCUUUUGGGACAUAUUAAAAUACAUUUUGCCUUUGAAGUGUCCUUCUAAAGUAAUUUCCAUGAGUAAUGAAAUGGGAUGGUAACCUAGUAAUUUGCCUGUGUAGACUCCCCUCAGUUUGACCCACACUGUUCUACAGAGUUGGUGCUCAAGACCCAGGAUAUUGAAGAUCUUCCCAUUUAUUUUUGGUAUUAACUGUCUACAUAGAAAUGAAACACUACAUUUAUCUUCAUAUUUCUUUAAAAGUACUUUUCUCAUAAUUAAGAAAUUGUUCAUAUUAUCAGUCAUUCAUACCCUUCCAUUGGAUGACUAAUAAAAUGAAUUACUAAAAAGUUCAGUAUAUAAAAUCACUCUCCACCAUACCACCAUGCAAGUUCUCUCUGAAAUUUAAAAUGUUAAAGAAAAUAUAUUUCUAUAUUGAAAUAUAUGUGUAAUUUAUAAUGAAAAUUAUGGUAGUUUGUAGUAUGUCAUUAAAUUUUAGGGAUAUAUUUUAUGUAUAUGUACUAUAUUUUGGAUGUGUAAAGCUUCUAUUUAUGUAUUGAUAUAUUUUGUGUUUAAAUUUUAUUUAUUAACAAACUACAUAGAUUUAC